AAUGCCAUGGAAUUUGUUUUUGGAAUUCUGGCAAUACCAAUUAUUCCGGAAAAACGAUGUGUUUCAGCGACGCUUUCUCGAUAAUAAUUAGUUUUGUUUGAUCGUUACACGCCAAAUCUGGUGAUAUUUGGUUCGUACAGUGUUAUUUUACAGUGUGUGUGGAUUUUUAUCAUCAAGCAGAAAUCAUGAGCCAAAAGGUGUCCCGCAAAACAGCGGUCAGUGAAGAAAAAGAAAAGAGUAAUAGUCCAGUAAAAGAAAUGAAAAAGAAAAUGGCAGCGAACGCCGAAAAAGAAAAACAGGCUGCCGAAAAGGUGACAGACAAACCUGCAGACAAAACAGAGAAACCCGUAGAGAAGGUUGCGGAGAAACCAGCCGAAAAACCGGAGAAGAAUGAUAAGCCUGACAAAGGUGGUGACAAGAAAGCAGAGAAACAAGAUAAAGCAGUAGAUAAGAAAGCUGCUGAGAAACCAGAUAAGAGUGCAGAUAAGAAGCAGAGUAAAGAAGAAGCUAAGAAGAAUGAACCACAGCCAGAGAAGAGUAAAGCAGAUGCCAGCAAAGAGGAUAAAACUGCAAAGCCAGCAGAAAAAUCGGACGCCAAAAAGCCAGAGCCAACUAAAACAAAACAGAACGGGCGGGGGCUAGCUCACAAUGGCGUUUCAGACGUCACACUGGGUACGAACGGGACCGAUGACGUUCUCAACGGAACGGUGAGUGCGGACUCGGAGGACGAUGACGUAAUGCUCGUCAUUGAUGACAACGACCAAGACGAUUUGUUCCCGGAGCUGACAUACGAAGAUACGUCUGACGGGGACUGUUUCGAACUGCCGACGCCGGAGAACGGCCCCAGUAGGAGUCUCACGCGCCGAUCGCAGGUGAAAGCGACGCGAACCCCCGAGACUCCCCGCCCCGCGUCCGACAAGCCGGACAAGGAAGCGGACGAACCCAAAGACAAACUGCUGAAACUCAAAGAGGACACAGCACCACCCACAGACCGUCGUCUCCGUUCUUCCAACUCGCCUAAACCCCAGGAGGGUAAGAAACCAGAAACCAAGAAGGACUCCCCGAAGAAAUCCCAGGAUGGCCUGGAGAAGGUGGAUGAGAAAGAUGAGGAUGCUGCGAAAGAGGAUAAGGAGAAGGAUGAUGUGGUGGAAGUUACGCUUGAAGUGCCUUCUAAUGAGGGCGAGGAGUCGCGCAAGCCGGACACGAACUUCUCCAAGUCCCGCGUCAAGGUGUCGCCCUACCGCCGCAGCAUGAGGCUUGCUGACCAGACCAACACCUCGCUGCAGGCUAAUUAUACUGGCAACAACACAACAAUGGAGAUGGACAUAACAGAAACUUCUUCAUUCCUCGAGGACGCUCCUCUCGACGACAGCUCUUACUUGCGCGGGCUCCGCAGCAUCCGCGGCCGCUCGUCAUACAAGCAGCUCAAAGAGAUCACUCUCAAACAUGUCGCGGCUAACAGGAGUGUGCGGUCCAAUGCUGGCGCUGUAACAUCCCCCCUAUCAGACGCCACCUCCCGCCCCACGGGCACCGUAGUAGGACGCAAGCGCAAGCCGGAGCACGACGACGUGGAGCAGGCCACCGAGGCCACUGAGCACGGCGCCAGCAAGCGGAUGAGAGUGCUCGACAGGCUGGCGCAGCCCUUCCGCAGGGCUACUGUGCAGAGACGGAAUGCACCGAUCGUAGGCAUCAACACAGACCUACCUCUCUGCGCCCCAGUAGCAUCCCCCGAGCCCUUCGACCCCGAGUGCCUCAAGGCGUCCACGUCCACCCCCGCCGCCCCCGCGCCCGCCCCCACCGACCCCAUCGCCGUGCCGCUCGCCCCAACGCAGGACAACAAGCGCUGCGUCAUCAUGUAAGGAGGAGGUAUGUUACAUCUGGCUUUGGAUAAUAUAAUAUAUGAGAGGUACACUGAUGUUUUGUGUUAAAAAACAAUUUUUGGGAUAUGUGGAUUUCAAUAACGUAUCCAUCUGUAGGUUUGCUUACUAAAGAUUGAAUUGUAGUAUUUACAAAACAGUACUAUAGUUAUCGGCACGAAUCUUGUACUCUGACCUUCACCUGCGCAGAAGUAAUUUAUUGGGUCUUUUUUGUGGUAUGAAGUGAGGCGCGGGGGCGGGCUAAAGCGUUGAUUUAGUGCAUCGCGGCAUAGCCGUCACUCGGGAUUGGUUCUUUGCUAAUAAAUCACUUCUGCGCAGAUGUAGGUCAGAGCUCAAGAUUCGUGCCGAUAACUAUACUGCUCAGCCGGUACUCGACUGUAUUCGGUUAACCUGGAAGAUGACCAUAAUGUAGUUGGGAAAAGGCUAGGAAGAUGUCUAAUGCCUGUCUAGUGGGAAAGCAAAUCAACAAUAAGAUAAAUUAAAGAACUUCUUCACAUGUCAACUUUAUCAACAUCAGAGUGAUGUAGUACGAAUUCGCUGCUGAACUUUGCUAAAGCACAAACUACAGUUUCACUCAAGAAUGCAAUAUACAGAAUAUCUACCUAAGUAAAUAUUCAAGUUUUAUCUAAGCCAGAUAAUGCCUUAAAGGGGAUAUAUGAAGAGAAUUUUAUCAUUAGGAGGUUGUAACAUAGAGGACUCGUUUGCGAAGAUAUGAAGUGACAAAUAUUUUGCAUUUUAUGCACUCAAUUACGUACAAAAACGUAUUUAAGGAUAGUUAAUAGACUAUCUAGAGAUAGCUGAAACAUGUCAUUUACAAUACUGCUAUUGCUUAAUAAAUCUAUCUGACAACUAAAAAGAAGUUUGGAAGUUUUUUAAGCAAAUGUGUAUUAUGAAUAAACAGCUUAGAUAAGUUUUAUAACAAGUGUGUGAGAAAUAUUUGUACCCUUAUAUCAAACAAUGAGUGUUCUCUCCUUAUAAACGGCAAAGGGUCACUUCGACGCUAAAAGCCGUCGUCCGAUUUGUAAGUAUUGUUCGUGGAGUCUGUUUUGUGCUAUAAUUUAUCAACAAAAAUAUCUACAAAUUAGUCCUAAAUCAUGUUUGUAAGAGUAUUGUUGUUAACAUGUAUGAAAUUAGAUAAAUUUUGACAAUCAACUGAUUUCUCUCAAUCGUGUUUAUAUAAUAAUCACAAACCUACCGUCAAUUUGAUUGUGUUGAUAUUUUAAUAAUCAAAAUAAGGUAAAAUAUACCUUUCUGUAGGUACACACCUCUCUUUUUGAGAGAUCAGAAUCGGUCAGUCAUUUGUUCUGCUGACUUAACAAGUUCUACUAUAAAUUCAAUUAUUACAUAUUUUUGAAGACUUCUUGAGUAUUAAAAUCACUUCUUGAUUUUCAUAUCACUUGUCAAUGGGGUAGUCAUCAAAUUCUAGCCCAAAACAGACGCCGCUGUAAAACAAAUUAGACUACAUAAAACUGUAAUAUAGUAAAUAGAUAUAUGAUGAUUAGAUGUAAAAGACAAGUAUAUAACGGCAAUGUUUUGUACAUAAUAUUAUUAUGUAUGUGUGGUUUCACUUGCAGAAUUAUUUUAUCUUUUUAUCAACUGACUUUAUAUUGGGCAUGUUAGGGACUACAAAUGUAUAGUUCAUGCAAAGGCAAGAAUCGUGUCAAAAAUAAACUCAAUUUUGUGGAUUUUCCAUUUCGGCAUGUUUUAGAUGCUGAAUUAAUCCGCAAAAUUCAAUUUAUUUUUAAAAUAAUUUAGAUUGUGGUCUUCGCAAUUAAUUAAAAUGUACAAUGUUAUAUCAUACAAUUUAUUAAGAUAAUUAUGCCUUAUGUCUUGGUUUCAAAAAUGUAUGUUUAUUUCUAGUCCUGAACAUGUCCAAGUGUGCUAGUUUAAUACUUAGGUAAUGAAACUGUAAAUAUAUGGUUUCAGGAAUUCUAUUUUUAUUAUUGAACAUUACUAUAAGGCUACCCAAAGAAUGAACAAUUAUUAUGUUCCCAACAUAUUGUGCAUUUUUUAAUAAACUUCAAUCAUACAAAUAUACAGGAUUUUUUAUUUUAAAAUCGUUAGAAAUUACUAACAAAUCAUCCUUAGUAUGAUCCUUUUUAUGAUAUUACCACUCCUGAAAUUAAUUUUAAUGUUUUUUUUUUCAUCCUAUAUCAAUCAUUUCAAAUGUUUCAUUAUUUUCUGUCAUGACAGUAGAAAUUAGAACCACCGAAUGAUUGCCAUCAGACCACUAAUGUAAUACCAUUGCGCAAUAUUGUGUUCACAAAGUUUUGAGAUUUAUUUUACAUACUUACAGGAUAUCUUCCAGAAAUGAUUUAGUGUUUUUUUGCUUAUUUCUAUUUCAAUGUGUUUGAAUGUGUGUCUUGAAAUGUAAACUGUAGAUACAAAUCUGAUUUUUAAAUAAACUUUGACCUAUAUUAUGUCGAUUACGUCCGAAAAGUUAUUAUUUUGCAAGAAAUGAUGUCCUAAUCUAUUUUUUUUUUCGAAUAAGGUUGUAUAAGUGUUUCGGAUUCGAUAGAAUUUCUAUUUUUAUAUAAAUAGAUUUAAAUUAGAUAGUAGUUUUUGAUCGCAAUAAGUAUUAUUACGGAUGUAGAUGUGGGUGUUAGGGACAGUUUUAAUACUCAUUAAUUUAAAUGCCUUAAAAUUUAAAAUUGAAAGGUUUGGUUUUAAAUUUGUUAUCUCGUUUAACGAGAAAGCUAGAUAUUUCUAGGAAAAGCUAGAAUAAAGCAAUAAAAUUAAAGGCAGUAUUUUGACUGUCCCUGCUUGUAGCGUUGUCGUUGUGUUUCAAACAUUAAAUGUUGUAUCGAUAUUAUAUGUAAUAUAGAAUGCUCUAAAAUAGAUUUCAUACAUAGUCAAAGUAAAUACUCUAAAGAGAAAGCUCAAUGGAACCUUUGAGAAUUUUGUAUUCUAUACAUUUUUCAUGUAUGUAAAAUGUAUACUUUACCUAAAGGUAAGAGUGACAUCAAUUUGAUAAAACUUAUUGUAUAUCUAGAAGUAGUGAAAUAUUGUUUGAAACUCAACGUUGUUAGGAAAUCAGUGUUUUCGUUUGGCUUAGUUAAGGUCUAGUUUAGUCUAAUUGAAUUGUAUAAAACUAUAAUGAUUAUAGAAACUGCAAAUUUUGAUAAAUAAAUCAUUGCAAUCGAA